AUGGCGGAGUACCCAGUUGCCUACAAUGGCACCAUCGCCACGGGUGGUGACUCGCUUCACGAUGACCUGAACAUCUAUUAUAGUUCUGGAGAUAUAGGAUGGGUUAUUAUAUCCACCGCCCUGGUGUUGCUGAUGAUUCCUGGAGUCGGAUUCUUCUACUCUGGUCUUGCCCGUCGGAAGUCGGCUCUGUCCCUGAUAUGGCUGUCUAUAAUGUCGGUCGGCGUGGUGUCAUUCCAAUGGUUCUUCUGGGGAUACUCACUGGCCUUUUCUCACACAGCUGGUGCCUACAUCGGCAAUCUUGACAACUUCGGCUUCAAGGGCGUGCUGGCCGCGCCCUCCGUAGGAAGUGACAAGGUUCCCGAUCUCCUCUUUGCUAUUUUCCAGGGCAUGUUCGCCGCUAUUACAGUUGCUCUCGCCGUUGGCGCUGUUGCUGAGCGUGGCCGUAUGCUCCCUUGCAUUAUCUUCAUGUUCAUCUGGACCACAAUCAUCUACGACCCCAUCGCCUGCUGGACCUGGAACUCAUCGGGUUGGGUGUUCAAGCUCGGAGGACUCGACUUUGCCGGCGGUACACCUGUUCACAUUGCUUCUGGAUCUGCAGCUUUGGCCUACUCCCUGAUGCUGGGCAAGCGUCGUGGCCACGGCACUCACGAGCUCAACUACCGUCCCCACAACGUCACUCACGUCGUCAUCGGUACGGUCUUCCUGUGGGUUGGCUGGUUUGGAUUCAAUGCCGGCUCUGCUCUCUCGGCUAACCUUCGUGCUGUCAUGGCCGCUGUCGUCACUAACCUCGCCGCUUCUGUUGGAGGUGUGACCUGGUGUUUGCUGGAUUACAGACUGGAGCGAAAGUGGUCUACUGUUGGCUUCUGCUCUGGUGUAAUUGCUGGUCUUGUUGCUAUUACACCCGGAUCUGGAUUCGUGACCCCUUGGGCUGCCUUCAUUUUCGGUGUCGUGGGUGCUAUCUCCUGCAACUACGCUACUAAGCUGAAGUUCCUCAUUGGCGUCGAUGAUGCCUUGGACAUCUUUGCCGUCCACGGUGUUGGUGGUGUGGUUGGAAAUCUGUUGACUGGUAUCUUUGCUGCUGAUUACAUAGCCCACCUUGACGGUGCCACCGAGAUCGACGGCGGUUGGAUCAACCAAAACUACAUCCAGCUUGGAUAUCAGCUUGCCGACUCUGUCACUGGAUUUGUCUAUGCCUUCUUCGGAACAUGUAUCAUUCUGUUCCUCAUGAACCUCAUCCCCGGUCUUAGUCUUCGUGCUCCCGAAGAGGAUGAGAUUAUGGGUAUCGACGAUGCCGAGAUUGGCGAGUUUGCUUACGAUUACGUCGAAGUCAGACGCGAUAUCAUCAACGGUACUGAGUCUAGUGAGGUUGGCUCCAAGCGAACCAUGACACCCACUGGCGAGACAACCGUCGACACUAAAGCAUGA